AUGAUACAACCUUUAUCAUCUCGGGCAAUUGAUUUACCACCUUAUCUUCUUGCAUCAUAUGGAACUGAUAGUCGAUACACAUCAAAUGACAUAAUUUCUCGAUGGAAAAACAUUUUUGAAAAAUUUCGAGAAAAACAUAUUAAAGUCUUAGGAUAUUCAAUAGAUUGUGAUUCGAAAUACCUUCGUGCUAUGAGAGUCAUAACUGGCUUUUUCGCCAAAUCAAUAAAUCGAAACGAUUUAUUCGGUGAUCAUGCCUUCGUUAUCGCUUCAUGUUCUCAGUGGAUUUGGUUUUAUCUUCGACCAAAACAAUCUUUUUUGUGCUUGCAAGACCCCACUCACUUGAUAACAAAACUAAGAAAUCGACUUCUCUCUUCAAAAACGUCAAUGAUGUUUGGAAGUGAAUCCAUUAACAUUCGGUUUUUGCUUCAAUUGAUUAAAGACUUUUCGAAAUUGGACCAUGGUUCAGUAAAAUCUGAUGUUGUACCCAAAGAUCGACAAAAUUAUUCAUUUUGCAUUAAAAUCUCGAGUGAUUGCGUGGUGCAAACUUUAGAAAAAAUGCAAAAUACUCGAGCAAUAUGUAUUUACUUAAAGCUACUGCAUAUAUGCAUCUCUAAUUCUUUAUCUAUUGGUGAUAUCGAACAAAUAGUUCGUCAUGCAUUUGCUGAUGCAUGUGAACUUGUAUCAUCGCUGAAUGUUACUAUCUUAAAUAAAGCUGUUAAUUCAAUUACCAUAGAUGAAGUCAGUAUUUUCAUUAAAAAUCAUUUAGAAAAAACAAUUCAAAUCAACGAUUCAAGUCAAACAGCGUCUUCUGAUUCUGAGUCAGAAUCAGACGAUGAACAAAGCAGCUAUGAUGCUGAUUAUGGCUCAACGUUACCAGGUUCUGACAACGAUGAAGAUAUAAGUGACUCAGAAUGUUUAUCAAAUGUUAAUAACAGUACAUUUCGAGGUAUGCGUAUUUAUGAUAGUAUUAAACCGUCUGUUGCUCAAUCAUAUUUUAAAGUUACGGUUAAUGGUCAGAACAAAUAUCUUCACAAGCAAACAGCUUGUUGGUUAUUAACGCAUGAUAAAUCAUCAUGGUGA